GGGGCGCUUUGGCUUGCUCCGUCGGUGUCAAUACAAAAGAGGGAGCCCAGCGCCGCUCCGGGAGACGGGGCCAGCCUCCUGCGGAAUCAGGGACAUGGACAUGAAGAAAAGGAUCCACUUAGAGCUGCGGAAUAGGACGCCCUCCGACGUUAAAGAACUUGUGCUUGACAACUGUAGGUCAAAUGAAGGCAAAAUCGAAGGUCUCACAGAUGAGUUUGAAGAGCUGGAAUUCUUAAGUACAAUCAACGUAGGACUCGCCUCGGUGGCAAACUUACCAAAGUUAAACAAACUUAAGAAGCUCGAGUUAAGUGACAACAGAAUCUCGGGAGGGCUGGAAGUAUUGGCGGAGAAAUGUCCAAACCUCACACAUCUAAAUCUCAGUGGCAACAAAAUCAAGGAUCUCAGUACAAUAGAACCUCUGGAAAAGCUAGAAAACCUGAAGAGUUUAGAUCUUUUCAAUUGUGAGGUAACCAACUUGAAUGACUACAGAGACAACGUCUUCAAACUCCUGCCUCAGCUCACGUACCUGGAUGGCUACGACCGGGAUGACAAAGAGGCCCCGGAUUCGGACGCUGAAGGCUAUGUGGAAGGCCUCGACGAUGAAGAGGAGGAAGAUGAAGAUGAAGAGGAAUACGAUGAAGAUGCUCAGGUAGUAGAAGAUGAAGAUGAGGAGGAGGAAGAGGAGGAAGGAGAGGAGGAGGAUGUAACUGGGGAAGAGGAGGAGGAUGAAGAAGGUUAUAAUGAUGGUGAAGUAGACGAUGAAGAGGAGGAGGAGGAAGCUGUGGAAGAAAGGGGGGAGAAGAGAAAACGAGAGGCAGACGACGAAGGAGACGAAGAGGAUUAAGCUCGAAAUAACCUAUUUUGGAAAAACAAAAUUUCCUAUUGUGAUUUGACUGUUUCUACCCUAUAUUCCCCUGCCCCAGACUUCUCCCCCACUCCCCAGAGUGUAAUGUUGCUGUGGGGUUGAGAGAGAAAUGAUAUUUGGGUGGGCAAGGGAAUUAAAAUAUCAUUUAAAAAAAAUCCCUGCCACUCCUCCUUUCUGUUUCUGAAGAACUUCCUUUUGUGUCUGUCUUCUGCUUCCCAUUCCUGCAAUAGCAAAUAUAAGGCAAGUGGUAAAUUUUCUUUCUUUUUUUGGAGUGGAACACUUUUGGACAAUAUUGGGUUUUUUAGAAAAAAAAGUUUUUUAAAGGUGAGCAAGAAGAUUUCCAAGGGUGAUGCAAGAGGAGUCUGAACGGAGAUGGUGGCGAGAUCUCUUGGGUCCUUAGAACUGAUGGCUUUUGCCAGUCUCUGAGCAUAUUAUAAGUAUUUCCCCCCUUCUCUUCUGGAUGCAGCAAAAGCAUUCCAGCCACAGCAGCCGGUGUGCAAACAGCAUCUUGAUAUAUCAAGUGUUUUCUUUGUUGCCUAUUUGUGAAUGACUGCCAUUUCCAGAAAAACAAACUUCCCCGUGACUUCCCGUAGGCAACUUUUUACUUUACUGUUUGUAAAUAGUGACCAAAUAUAUAUAUAUUUCCUUUGUUAUUUUUAUUUGGUUUGAGGGUGACUUUUCAAAUCUCUGGUGGGUUCCCCCCAGACUUUACUCUCCCUCCCAUCUUUUGGGGUGCAGAAAAGUGAGGAAAGAGCAUCUUGCAUGGGGCGAGGGUACAAGAGCCAUGUUUUUCCGUGCAUUUUAGUGGGGCGCGGGCAGGCGAACCCCACAUCCCCAGUGGAGUGUGCCCUUGCCUUAUUUAGAGUAUGCAGAACAGUCUUCUGUAAACGGCAGUCAUUAAAAUAUCUAUAAAUAUCUAUAAAAAGUGUUUUGAAUUUCCUGAGUUAACUGGUGACCUGAAUUUGACUGUUGUAAUAAAAAAAGGAAAUGUUUGAACCCUUUUAACUAAGGUGUGUUCUAUUUUGGUCUGUAAAAUAUUAUAUAUAAAUAUAUUAACACUUCCUUGAUAUUUUAAGUGACGAGGCUCCGUUUUGACUUGUGUUCUCUAAUACUCUGAAGAUUUUUACAAACCUUUAAAUACAGGGGGGACACGGGUGCAUGUCUGGCCCAAGGCGAUUUCUUUUCAUACACUCAAGCACGGAAUGCGAUUACGAAAAGUUGUAUUUUCUUACGUAGUUGGGAAGCCAGUGAAGUUGACUGCAAAGUACAUAGCUGUAUGUACAGUUUUAAUUUCAUAUCCCUCUUCAGAAGUGGCACUAGAAGCAACUUCUAUGUCCUAGUCAAUAUCUCAUCUGUAUAUAUAUAGAAAACAAAAACAUGCAACCUUCCAUCUCUCCUCAUGGAGCCAAACUUUUGCGUUUGAUGUCUUGUUUGUCAUUGAAUUUCAAUAAAUCUCUUUUAUACAA